AUGGCUGCCACCUCGGGAUUGUCGACCGCAGUUUCCGUUCCCGCCAAGCUCAGCCACGUGGCAUCCUCCAGCAACGGCAUCUCCGGUGCCGCGACCUCCGUCGCUUUCCCCUCCGCGAAGCGAGCGGUGCGUGCGGGAUCGAGCGUGGCGGAGGGGCGCGGGAAGUGCCGAUGCUCGACGGCGGAGAUUCUCCACGACGGCGCGCGGGAUCCGCUGCUGCUGCGCGUGGCGCGCGGAGAAGACGCGGAGAGGACGCCCGUGUGGCUCAUGCGCCAGGCGGGGCGCUACAUGAAAGACUUCCGCAAGUUCUCGGACAAGUAUCCGUUCCGCAUGCGGUCGGAGACGGCGGAGAUUGCGAUCGAGCUGACGCUGCAGCCGUGGAAGGCGUUCGGCACGGACGGCGUGAUCAUGUUCUCUGAUAUCCUCACCAUCCUGCCCGCGCUCGGGGUGGAAUUCGACAUGGUCAAGGGCAAGGGGCCUGUCAUUGCGGACCCGCUGCGCACCGCGGCGGACCUGCGCGACCUCAAGCCCCUGGAGGACCCGGAUGCCAAGCUGCCGUUCAUCCGCGAGAUCCUCACUUCGCUGCGGCGCGAGCUGGCGGGCAGCGAGGCGACGUUGCUGGGGUUUGUGGGCACGCCGUGGACGCUGGCAGCAUACGCCAUCGAGGGGCAGGGCAGCAAGAACCUGCUCGCCACCAAACGCAUGAUGCUGCAUGAGCCGGAGCUGCUGCAUGGCAUCCUGGCGGCCUUGGAGGACGCUCUAGUCGUCUAUGUGAGCCACCAGAUCAGCUGUGGGGCGCACAUCGUGCAGCUCUUUGACUCGUGGGCACACCACCUCACGCCCGCCCAGUUCGCCGAGUUCAGCCUGCCGUACGCCGAGCGCAUCGUGCAGCGCGUGAAGCAGCUGCACCCGCACACGCCGCUCAUCUUCCAUGGGAAUGGCGGCACCGGCAAGCUGCACCUGGUGCAGCAGGGGUGCAGUGCUGACGUGGUGGGGCUCGACUGGGGCACUGAUAUGGCUGAGGCUAGGCGUGUGUUUGGCAGUGAUACCGUGCUGCAGGGGAAUGUGGACCCGAUGGUUCUGUUUGGUCCAGAGGCGUCCAUCAGAGCAGCUGUGGCUGAUUGCUUGAGCAAGGCAGGAGGCAGGAAGCACAUUCUCAAUGUGGGGCAUGGAGUGGUGCAGGGGACUCCUGAAGAAUCUGUGGCACUGUUUUGCAAGCUUGCCCAGGAGAGUGGACGGUCAGCUCAAGGUGUAGAGGCAGCUGCAGCUGUGCAUUCAACUGCUUGA